AUGGCUGGCUGUGUGUUUCCAAUGGGACCAGAGAGCUUUCAGCGCUUCACGCCGGACUCCCUGGCGGCCAUCGAGCAGCGCAUGGCCCAGGAGAAGGCCCGACGCAACAAACACUACCAGGAGGACUUGGGCGACGUGCAGCUCCUCCGGCCCCGGCCCGACCUGGAGGCAGGAAAACAGCUGCCGCGCAUCUUCGCUGACAUCCCGUCUCAUCUGGUGGGCGUUCCCCUGGAAGACAUCGACCCAUACUACUUCAAAGACAAGAGGACUUUCAUAGUCCUGAACAAAGGGAAGGCCAUCUUCCGUUUCACUGCCACAUCCGCCCUCUACAUCUUCAACCCUUUUCACCCCAUCCGCAGAAUCGCCAUCCAGAUCCUGGUCCACUCGUUGUUCAGUUUGUUCAUCAUGUGCACCAUCCUGACCAACUGCUGCUUCAUGGCCAUGUCCGAGCCGGCCUACUGGGCCAAGUACCUGGAGUACACCUUCACAGGUAUCUACACGUUCGAGUCCCUCAUAAAGAUCCUGGCGAGAGGUUUCUGUGUGGGGCCCUUCACCUUCCUGAGGGACCCCUGGAACUGGCUCGACUUCAGCGUCAUAGUCAUGGCAUAUGUGACUGAGUUUGUGGACCUGGGUAAUGUGUCAGCCUUAAGGACGUUCAGGGUGCUGCGAGCGCUCAAAACCAUCUCAGUCAUCCCAGGCCUGAAGACCAUCGUGGGCGCUCUGAUCCAGUCCGUGAAGAAGCUGGCCGACGUGAUGAUCCUCACCGUCUUCUGCCUGAGUGUCUUCGCCCUCAUCGGCCUCCAGCUCUUCAUGGGGAACCUGCGGCAGAAGUGCGUCCGCAGCACGGCGCACUGCGUCAACGCCAGCCUGCCGGCCAACACGUCCUUCUACUGCAACAACAAGACCUGGGAGUCCAUGAAGGUCUUCAUCAACGACGAGGACAACUUCUACAAAGUGGAAGGAGCCAAGGAUGCCUUAAUCUGUGGGAACAGCAGUGACGCAGGGAAGUGCCCGGAUGGGUUUGAAUGCCUGAAGGCAGGAAGGAACCCGAACUACGGCUACACCAGCUUCGACAGCUUCGGUUGGGCUUUCCUGUCUCUGUUCCGCCUGAUGACUCAGGACUACUGGGAGAACCUCUACCACCAGACGCUGCGUUCGGCCGGUAAGACCUACAUGGUGUUUUUCGUGGUGGUGAUCUUCCUGGGCUCCUUCUACCUGGUCAACCUCAUCCUGGCCGUUGUUGCGAUGGCGUACGAGGAGCAGAACCAGGCGACCAUCGCGGAGGCGAGUCAGAAGGAGCGAGAGUUCCAGCAGGCGAUGGAGCGGCUGAAGAAAGAGCAACAGGUUUCCGCCCAAAAGGUUCAAGACUCGGACUCGCUGAUGUCACCUGACCUGUCGCCCUUUGGGCCGCCACUGGACGGCCUGGAGGAGCGGAGGCGGAGCCAAGCGUUGGUGGGAGUGGCCGACGUGGAGUCCAACCUAUCAGAGGAGAAGCUGCUGCAGGUGGACAUGACGGACGGGGGCAAGCCGCUCCACCCCCUCCUCGCUCGCUCCUUCUCCUCGAGGACCCGGCGGAGCAGUCAGGUCUCCUCCAUCUUCAACUUCCGUCUGAGGAGCCGGGGGUCGGACGGAGAGAUGGCUGACGACGAGUACAGUGUCCCGGGGGACGUGGUGGAGGGGGCGGGCAGCCGGACCUACAGCGGGGGCACCUUCAGCGGCAUCCUGCCCCACCCCUGGCCCAAACGGAGACCGAGCACCUACAGCACCAACAGCAGGAGCUCCCAGGUGUUUUAUCCAACUCUAAACAUUAACGGGAAGCUGUUUGUUGCAAUGGACCAAAACGGGGUUUCCCCACCGCCCCUGCAAGGGCAGCUGCCGGCCUGCACCAUGGAGAAGGUCAAGGAGGAGAGUGUCCCCACGUCCAGCACUGAGCUCAGCACCAUGCUGCUGCCUCGGCCUUCGUCCACACAGGGCUCCGAGCGGAGGGGGAGGGCGCUCAGCGCGGCCAGCUACCUCACAGACGCCAUGGAAGAGCUGGAGGAGGCCCACAAGAGGUGCCACCCCUGCUGGUACACCUUCGCCCACCGCUACCUGGUGUGGGAGUGCAGCCCCUCCUGGCUGCGGCUGAAGGAGCUGGUGAACAUCAUGGUGAUGGACCCCUUCCUGGACCUGGCCAUCACCGUCUGCAUCGUCCUCAACACGCUCUUCAUGGCCAUGGAGCACUACCCCAUGACCGACGAGUUCAACGGCAUGCUGAGCAUCGGGAACCUGGUGUUCUCCGGGAUCUUCACGGCGGAGAUGGUUCUGAAGAUCAUCGCUCUGGACCCGUACUACUACUUCCAGACGGGCUGGAACAUCUUCGACAGCAUCAUCGUGUGCCUCAGCCUGAUGGAGCUCGGCCUGUCGGACGUGGAGGGGCUCAGUGUGCUGCGCUCCUUCCGACUGCUGCGAGUCUUCAAGCUGGCUCGAUCUUGGCCGACCCUCAACACCCUGAUCAAGAUCAUCGGGAACUCCAUGGGCGCUCUGGGAAACCUGACGCUCGUCCUCGCCAUCAUCGUCUUCAUCUUCGCCGUGGUCGGCAUGCAGCUGUUUGGAAAAAACUACCAGGACUGUGUCUGUAAGAUCUCCAAGGACUGCGCUCUGCCUCGCUGGCACAUGAAGGACUUCUUCCACUCCUUCCUCAUCGUCUUCAGGGUGCUGUGUGGAGAGUGGAUCGAGACCAUGUGGGACUGCAUGGAGGUGGCGGGGCAGCCGCUCUGCCUUCUGGUCUUCAUGCUGGUCAUGGUCAUUGGAAACCUGGUGCUGCUGAACCUCUUCCUCGCUCUGCUCCUCAGCAGCUUCAGCUCUGACAACCUGUCGGCUCCAGACGAUGACGGUGAGAUGAACAACCUGCACAUCGCCAUCCACCGGAUCACCAGAGGCCUGGGCUGGUGCCGCAGACAGGUGGUGGAUUUCUUCAACGGGAACCUGAAGCGUCGUCGUCAGAAGCGUAAAGAAGCCAAAGCCAUGAUGAAGCUGAAGCGGCUGAGCACCAUCCACUGCGAGGCCAACGGAGGCGUCAUAGGCCGUCACGUGGAGAAGUACGUGGUGCCCGAGGACGACAGCUACAUGACGAACCCCAACCUCACCAUCAGUGUCCCCAUCGCCCCCGGAGAGUCAGACGUGGAGUUCCCUGAGGAGGAGGAGGAGGAGGAGGAAGAUGAGGAGGAAGAGGAGGAGGAGGAGGAGGAGGAGGAGGAGGAGCGGAGCGAGGGCUCAGAGGAAGACGGGGAGAGGGAGGAGCAGAAAGACGACCUCAGCCUAUCAGAGGGCAGCACGGUGGACCUCCGGAAGCCCGGAGAUGAGGAGGAUGAGUUCUCCGAGAUGCCGGAAGAGGCCAUGGACCCCGACAACUGCUUCCCUGACCUGUGUGUGUCCAGGUUUCGGUGCUGUGACAUCGACACGUCCACCGGCCUCGGUCAGAUCUGGUGGAGGACGAGGAAGACGUGUUACCAGAUCGUAGAGCACAGCUGGUUCGAGUCCUUCAUCAUCUUCAUGAUCCUCCUCAGCUCCGGAGCGCUGGCGUUCGAGGACAUCUACAUCGAACAGAGGAAGGUGGUGAAGGUGGUGCUGGAGUACUCAGACAAGAUCUUCACCUACAUCUUCAUCCUGGAGAUGUUGCUCAAGUGGCUCGCCUACGGAUUCAAGAAGUACUUCACCAACUACUGGUGCUGGCUGGACUUCCUCAUCGUGGAUGUCUCAUUGGUCAGUCUGGUGGCCAACACGUUGGGCUACUCAGACUUUGCAGCCAUCAAGUCCCUGAGGACCCUCCGCGCCCUGCGGCCCCUCAGAGCCCUCUCCAGAUUUGAAGGCAUGAGGGUGGUGGUGAACGCUCUGAUCGGGGCGAUUCCCUCCAUCAUGAACGUGCUGCUGGUCUGCCUCAUCUUCUGGCUCAUCUUCAGCAUCAUGGGCGUGAACCUGUUCGCCGGGAAGUUCGGCCGCUGCGUGAACCGCACGGGUCACAUCUACGACUCGGCCUUCAUCAACAACAAGUCGGAGUGCGAGGCGCUCAACGACAGCUCGCUCUACUACUGGACCAAGGUCAAGGUCAACUUCGACAACGUGGGCGCCGGGUACCUGGCUCUGCUGCAAGUGGCGACGUUCAAAGGUUGGAUGGAGAUCAUGUACGCAGCCGUGGAUUCCAGAGCCGUCGAGGAGCAGCCGAUCAAAGAAAUCAAUCUGUACAUGUACCUGUACUUCGUCAUCUUCAUCAUCUUCGGCUCCUUCUUCACCCUGAACCUCUUCAUCGGAGUCAUCAUCGACAACUUCAACCAACAGAAACGAAAGAUGAGAGGACAGGACAUCUUCAUGACAGAGGAGCAGAAGAAAUAUUACAACGCCAUGAAGAAACUUGGCUCCAAGAAACCUCAGAAGCCGAUCCCCCGACCCACGAACCUUCUGCAGGGCUUCUUCUUCGACCUGGCCGGGAAGCAGGCCUUCGACAUCAUCAUCAUGGUUCUGAUCCUCUUCAACAUGAUCACCAUGAUGGUGGAGACGGACGAGCAGUCCCCACAGAUGGAGUACAUCCUGAACAACGUCAACCUGGCCUUCAUCAUCGUCUUCACCGCCGAGUGCCUCACCAAGAUCGUGGCGCUGCGCUGCUACUUCUUCACCGUCGGCUGGAACAUCUUCGACUUCGUGGUCGUGAUCCUCUCCAUCGUCGGGAUCGUGCUCGCUGACAUCAUCGAGAAGUACUUUGUGUCCCCGACCCUCUUCCGAGUGAUCCGAUUGGCUCGUAUCGGACGUAUCCUGCGUCUCAUCAGAGGAGCCAAAGGCAUCCGGACGUUACUGUUCGCCCUCAUGAUGUCACUUCCUGCUCUGUUCAACAUCGGGCUCCUCUUGUUCCUGGUCAUGUUCAUCUACGCCAUCUUCGGCAUGGCCAACUUCGCCUACGUGAAGCGUCAGUCGGGAAUCGACGACAUGUUUAACUUCGAGACGUUUGGGAACAGUAUGAUCUGCUUGUUCCAGAUCACCACCUCCGCCGGGUGGGACAGUCUGCUCAGCCCCAUCCUCAACAACUCCCCCGAGGAGUGCAACCCCCACCUCCCCCACACCGGCACCACGGUCAAGGGGAACUGCGGGAACCCGUCCGUGGGCAUCACCUUCUUCGUCACGUACAUCAUCAUCUCCUUCCUCAUCGUGGUGAACAUGUACAUCGCCAUCAUCCUGGAGAACUUCAGCGUGGCCACGGAGGAGAGCACGGAGCCGCUGAGCGAGGACGACUUCGAGAUGUUCUACGAGGUUUGGGAGAAGUUUGACUCGGAGGCGACGCAGUUUAUCGAGUACGCAAAACUGUCCGACUUCGCCGACUCGCUGUCGGAGCCGCUGCGCAUCACCAAGCCCAACAAGAUCAAGCUCAUCUCCAUGGACCUGCCCAUGGUCAGCGGGGACAAGAUCCACUGCCUGGACAUCCUGUUCGCCUUCACCAAGCGAGUCCUGGGGGAGUCGGGCGAGAUGGACGCCCUCAAGCAGCAGAUGGAGGAGAAGUUCAUGAUGGCCAACCCUUCCAAGAUCUCCUAUGAGCCAAUCACAACGACUCUGAGGCGGAAGCAGGAGGACGUCUCGGCCACGGUGAUCCAGAGGUGCUACCGCAGACACCUGGUGAGGCGGCAGAUGAAGGCCGCCUCCUACUUGUAUCGUCAGAUCACAACUCCUCGACACGCAGGAGGCGUCUGUGAAGAAGGAGGCGAGGGGAUGUUCGGUGAAGACGCUCCUGAGAAGGAAGGGCUGAUCGCCGCCAUGAUGAGGGAGAACUACGGCUCCAGUCUGCUGGGGAUCGAACACUCCGAGACCGUUUCCUCCACCUCCUCUCCGCCGUCGUACGACAGCGUGACGCGAGCCACCUCCGAGGUAUUCCACCCGCUUGUUGUCAACACAGGAGUCGUUGUUGUUGUUGUUGACGCUGCAGGAAGUGAACCCAGCGAACAGUCGUCCUCGGUGCUCGACCCGGACCAGCGACAGGAAGCGGUUCCGUAGCUGGAACCGAAUAAGCAUUUAACAGACCAGGGUUCUCUUGUGUUCUGUUGUCUGCUGAAUGUACCACAGCUGGGGAACGCUGGAGAGGAACCGCAUGGGAGCGAGGAGCAGCAGGAGGUGCAGGAGGCGCAGGAGGCGCGAGGGAAAGGAAACAACGUGGAAUAUUUACUAUCUUAAUGUUACUUCCUGUUCCCUGAGAAGUUUCCUGGACUCGACAGCGAGUUCCUUGACUGGGAAACAGACAAACUGCAGAGAAGGAAACCAGUGAAAGACAGAAGAGGAGAGAAGAACCUCCUCUGGAUCCCUCUGACCUUCUGGGUCUCUGGUGUUUUCAGGACAUUGACUGACCUUUGACCUCAGCUACAGGGGUCAGAGCAACUAUAUCACAGAUGUAUCCAUCAUUUAUUGGCCUGGGGGGGUGUGCCUUCCCACAGAUGAUCAAAGUGCUCGGAGUUAGCCGGGCUGUGAGAGCGACGCCGUUUCCCUCAUGCUA